GUUCCCACUGUAGAGCUGCGUUCCACUCACUCCAAUUACUAGUUCUAGAUCAAAACUAUCUGCAUUGACUUCAAAAAAAUUAAGAAACUUGACAUGGGCUUUGAAACGCCUUGGAAAAUAACGUAACGAAGACGAAAUGAAACAAACUACUUUUGGGAUUAGGAAAAAACCGCAAAACAAUGGGGAAGACCCAAGGCAGAAUGGAGACCAUUAAACAUAUUGUCCCAUUUUAUGUCAUGGUUCUUUAUGCGAGUCCUUAAGUGGAAACUCCAGAGUCUUAAUAAGAACUACAUGGUUCUAGUAUGAAAGUUAAUUACGUUGUUCUCCAAGAAGUGUGGUUGCACAGAAUGGUGCAAGUGUGGUUUUCUACUGAACUUUAAAAGCAGAAAAAGGAAUUACAUAAUCUGGAUUUACAAUGAGGCCAAAGACGUUCCCUGCCACUUCGUACCCUGGGAACAGCCGCCAGAGACUGCAGGAGAUCCGAGAGGUGCUGAAGCCGCCUCCCAUGCCUUCAGACCAGAGCUUGCCUAGCGAAAGCCAGCCUGACUCGAAAGCCUCAGCAGGGAAGGACCCAACUAGGCAGCAGCAAAUUAGAGCAGGGCCCAAGUUUGGCCCAUAUCAAAAAGCCCUGCGAGAGAUCAGAAACUCAUUGCUGCCAUUUGCAAAUGAAACUGGACACUCUACAAGUAUAGAAGUGAACAGACAAAUGUUACAGGAGUUGGUGAAUGCAGGAUGUGACCAGGAAAUGGCCAUUCGCGCUCUGAAGCAGACAGGCAGCAGAAACAUUGAUGCAGCCUUGGAUUACAUCAGUAAAAUGGGAUACCUGGAUCCAAGGAAUGAACAGAUAGUGCGUGUAAUCAAGCAGACUUCCCCAGGAAAAGGAGGUGGGUCUAGUCCUGUGGAUCACAGGCCAGUAUUAGAGGGACCAAGUGAUGCAAUGUCUCACUAUCAUCAAAUGGGGAAUCCAGGUGGCUAUGGAGCAGAAAGUGCAACCAUGAUGGGAGAGAUACCAAGGCCGUACAUGAAUGUUCCAGUUGUGAACUACGUCAUGCCCUCAUCACAGGUCCCAGCCAUAGGCAGCCCCAUGCAGAGGCCCUCGAGUGUCGGUCCAUACACAGCGAUGUCUGCUCACAAUCCACCAGGGAAUUCCAUGUACCUUCCAUGUGAUCUCAAACACCAGCAGAAGCCAUACCCUGCAAACAUGGAGCAGGCCAUGAUGAUAUAUUCCAUUCCAAGCCACAGUGGACAGCCCUUGCAACUGCAAGGAGCUGCAGGCCCAAGCAGCCCACAUUAUGUCAGGCAGCACAUGAUGGCGCCUGCUGAGACCUCAGGGUAUGGUGUGAAGAGGAGCCCUUCCUUUCAAAACAAGAUACAGCAGGAGAGCAAUUAUGGAAGCCUGCAGAGCAAAGGAUCGCUGGGUCAGAACAGCACAGGGUAUUCCUUCCAGCAGUCACCGUCCAACCUAUACCUUCCACCGCACACUCAUCAUAGGCAGUCAAGCCCUACCUCUCACCAGGUGCACAUGAUCUCCAGAGCUUCAGCAAUGGGGACUGAUUUCCAAGAUGUUCCCCAGAACCUAUUGACUCCAUCCAGAGCCAGCUUAAAUAUGGACCUCUAUGACCAUCAGGUCCAGCACUGGGUAACACCUUCCCCAACCAGACAUGAAUCCCUACCUAACCCGGGACCGGACGCUCAGGUCAGGCAGCAGCAGGGGCCCUUCAGAGGAGAGGUCCAUGGGCCCAGCAGAAGCGGCUCCUUCAAAAAUCAUCAGCAGAAGGUGCAUGUGACAGUAAGGCAACCAGACACUUCCCUUGCCCCACCCAACACUAUCACUGCAGUGACAUCUGCCCCUAUCCUACAGCCUGUGAUAAGCAUCAGGGUCAUGAGGCCAGAGCCAGAGAUUGCAGUGGGGCCUUGUCACCCUGGAUGGCUGCCAGCCCAGUCACAGGCUUUAGAGAAUUCUGAACUGAUGGAGCAGCACUCCUAUGCAGCAGCUGGGGCCGAAGCCUAUAGUGUUGAACCCAUUGACUGUGCUGUGCAAGAACCAAGGUGCCCUCCUCCACCAUACCCCAAAAACUUGCUGCUCCCAAGUAACUCAGUGCAGCAGAUGGAGAACAACACUUGGGUUGUCCCUAGCUUAGUCUCUAAUAAAUCUGAAGACACAAGCGGUGGAGAGAAGAACGACAAAGCCAGCAGCAACGGAGGCAAGGCAGAGAAGACCAUGAAGGACAAGAAGCAGAUUCAGACAUCCCCUGUUCCAGUACGUAAAAAUGCAAGAGAUGAGGAGAAGAGGGAGUCCCGCAUCAAGAGCUACUCUCCUUUUGCUUUCAAGUUCUAUAUGGAACAGCACAUAGAGAAUGUCAUGAAAACGUACCAGCAAAAGCUCAAUAGAAGAAUACAGCUCGAACAAGAAAUGUCAAAGGCAGGGCUUUCUGAGGCAGAACAGGAACAGAUGAGGAAGAUGCUAUACCAGAAGGAGUCCAACUACAACCGACUCAAAAGAGCGAAAAUGGACAAGUCCAUGUUUGUAAAAAUCAAAACCCUGGGCAUUGGUGCUUUUGGAGAAGUGUGUCUCACUCGGAAAGUGGACACAAAUGCAUUAUAUGCCAUGAAGACCCUGCGCAAGAAGGAUGUUCUGAACCGCAACCAGGUGGCUCACGUGAAGGCUGAGAGGGAUAUCCUUGCUGAGGCCGACAAUGAGUGGGUGGUAAAGCUGUACUACUCCUUUCAGGACAAGGACAACCUCUACUUUGUCAUGGACUACAUCCCAGGAGGGGACAUGAUGAGCCUUCUCAUUCGCAUGGGGGUCUUCCCAGAGCAGCUGGCCAUGUUCUACAUUGCAGAGCUUACACUAGCCAUUGAGAGCGUGCACAAGAUGGGAUUCAUCCACCGCGACAUCAAACCUGACAAUAUCCUGAUUGACCUGGACGGGCACAUCAAGCUCACCGACUUCGGUCUCUGCACUGGCUUUCGCUGGACCCACAAUUCCAAAUACUAUCAAAAAGGGAGCCACAUCAGACAAGACAGUAUGGAGCCCAGCAAUCUGUGGGACAAUGUGUCUAACUGUCGCUGUGGAGAUCGGUUAAUGACACUUGAGCAGAAAGCUGCGAGACAGCACCAGAGGUGCUUAGCACAUUCCUUAGUGGGGACUCCCAACUACAUUGCUCCUGAGGUGCUCCUGCGAAAAGGCUAUACACAGCUUUGUGACUGGUGGAGUGUUGGUGUUAUCCUCUUCGAAAUGUUGGUCGGGCAACCUCCAUUUCUGGCCUCAACUCCCACAGAAACUCAGCUAAAGGUAAUUAACUGGGAAAACACACUCCAGAUCCCACCGCAAGUUAAACUUAGCCAGGAAGCGGUAGAUAUAAUCAGCCGCCUGUGCUGCGCUGCCGAGGAGAGACUUGGGCGCAAUGGGACAGGAGAGAUCAAAGAACAUUCUUUCUUUGAGAAGAUAGAUUUCAACAGCAACCUGCGCACACAGCCCGCACCUUUCCUUCCCAGGAUCAGCCACCCCAUGGACACCUCCAACUUUGACCCAGUGGAAGAAGACAGCCCAUGGAAGGACAGCGGUGACAGCACUAAGACCUGGGAUACACUCAGCUCUUCUCACAGCAAGCACCCGGAGCACGCCUUCUACGAGUUCACCUUUCGCAGGUUUUUUGAUGACAACGGUUGUCCCUUCCGGUACCCUAAACCUCCUGAGAAUGAGCAGAGUAGCCAGGAUCAGACAGACAGAGAGAACCAGGAUUCAGAGGAUCAGUGUGAAGGCUGUGAACCCGUAUACGUGUAACACAAGGGCGACACACACUGUGAGGAACACGUCUUGAAAGCUUGUGCUUGUAAACCGUGGCGAGAACUGAAUCUUCAAGUCUGAAACUCUAAAAGAAAUUGUUCUUGUGCCGCAGGUUCUAGCGAGGAAUCGAAAAUAGGCUUUCAAACUGAUUGAUACACUCACCCGUUAACAAACAAAAAGAAAACUAGGACUUCCGAGGUUUUCACAGCCCUAGUAUUUAAAGUACAAUUGAUUUACAAAUGUAUUAUCCAACUUUUUUUUUUCUCCUUAAAUUUUGAAAUUUGAAACCACUAUAGAGGGAUUGACAAAAAAAAGGACAUCAAAUGUCUUGCACUCACACACAGCAGAAACAUCAGAUCCUGACCCUCAGUUUAACUUGACACAGUGAAAUUAUUUUCAAUUGGAGAACAGUGAGAAUAGUGCAUGGGCCAGGUGUAUUUGGCCAGAUCAUAGACUUAUAAGCUUUUACCAACUAAAGUAUCCUGUGGUCAGGUUCAGUUUAUCAUAAAACGUGAUUCCUGGUGAUUGUUUACUGCAUUCCAUACACGUCCCUUCAUCAGGAACCAGGGUGUACAGUGUGUUAAUCCUGGUGGUGUUUUCUUCUUAGGAGCUGUUCAUUGACCCAUCAAUAAAUACAAUGAAAAUACAUAGACAGAAUUCCACAAUAAAAACAACAGUGUUAAUUUAUAGACACACCCCAAAGUUACACUGUUAAAAGAAAAGUAAACUUAGGAACCUCACACAAUGUUUUUGUUUUUUUUUUCCCCCCACUUUUUAAGAUUUUAUAAGAAAUGGCUCCUGAAAAGAUUACUUUUCAUAAAUAUUUUUAACAGUGUAGUUUCAUCUUCAGGCACACGCCACCUUCUUCCUCUGUAUAGUGUGGUUAUACACAUGUAGUUCUGUAAUCAAAGAGAAAAGGCUCUACAAAAAUGAUUAAUUAUUUUUAAAACCAUAUUGGACGCUACACUUUUGAACAUUCUAAAAUGCAGGGCUACCUUGUUAUUUCACAAUUAAACGUUUAUCCGUGUAGACUUCACUGUAUAAGAGGCCUUCACCAAUUCACUGUUUCCAGUAUUUCUUGAUGUAUAGUGAAAAAAGUGAGUAAAUCACUGGAGGCAUAUCAAACAACAGCUUAUUAAACAAGAUCUUACUUAGAAACCGUUUUGCUGUAAGAUUGGAAUAAUGUAGAGAGAGCAUGCACUUACUGUCCAUCUUCCAAGUAGCUACUCAUUUCAAGGGUUGGAUUCUGGCAAACCCAGCUGCUACUGCUUUUGUUGGUCUGUUCUCCAGUGAAUUGUUCUGACUAGCCUAAACACUUUCUACUCCUCCAACAGUGUGAAACCCAAUACCUGAAUGUGAAACUCAAAUAGAAGAAUGCGAAUUGAAGUGCUUUAUAAAUGAGGAGCGUGAGAUAAAAAGGACAAUGUGCAAUACAGAAAUUAUAUCAUUAUAUAGUUUUAUACAUAUUACAGCUAUCCUUUUUGAACACUUAUCAAAUGUUUUAUAGUUUGUAUCUUUUUAAUAUAGUAAAUGGCCUAACGCUGCUUUUCUUGUGAAAGAGUAGGUUGAAUUGAAAGUGUGGCAUACUGAGUGCCGUUAAUGCGAAUGGUGUGAAGGAUUGAUGCAUGAUCAGUAUUUGUGAAUUAUGAAUGAGAAUUGCUUAUGUAUCCUCACAGGCUGGUCCUGUGCAAAAAAAAAAAAAAAAAAAAAAGUGCACAAACAAAGCAUACAAUAUGUAAUUAAGCUGGGGCUCUACGAAGAAAAACAACUGAUCACCAGCUAGAUAUAUGUAUUUUUGGCUAAAAAAUUGAUUUGAGACAUCCAUUUUUCAUUUUGACUCAAUACCAAUGUCCUACCACCCCCUUAAGGCCAAAACUAUUUCUGUCCCAGCAUUGAUACAUGCUUAACAGAAUAAUUAUCACAAAAUGACCUUGGGUAAUCAAUUUUGACAAAUACAUUGGUAAUAUUAGAUUCAUAAUGUAAUGUUGGGGUUCAGAUGUGGUGAUAAACUAACUCCUGUUUAAAGAAAUGAACUUGAUGCAGAUGGAUUACAGCUCAACGGUUUUAUUAAAGCAGCAACCUGAUGCACACUCUCCUCCGACAGUCACUCAGUUGUCAAUAAAGCUUGUUGAUACUAGCUUACAAGGGUAAUUCUACAACCAGUGUCUCCUGCUUAGCAUAGAUCACUAUCUGCAAGUUAUUUUCUGGAAGUCAUACAAAGUUCAGUUAUAACCAACGCACACAUUUCAUCAAAUGGCUGGCCAAAGGAAACCCUGAGAAAAAAAAUCGGGCUGGGGAGGGUUUUCUUCAAACCGUUUUGGAAGGCGGGGCCACACAGCUGAGUAGAUCUGUGAGUUUUCAGAAAUCCUCUAAGAGUUCAUGAAUGUAGAGCUUGCUAUUCUGAGUAACACUUUAUGCUUGCGACUACUCAUGUGUCACAUCUCAUUGGGUCAUCUUGUGCUCAAAGGUAGUUUUCUACUUUCAAGAACUUCUUGUUUCCCUUGCUAAAUCUCCUUGGUAUUGAUAUGAAGAAAGGAGUUAAUCCUGUAUGUACUUUCUGUGAUGAGAUGAUGAGAAUGAGUGUACUUGUGUGGACAGGAGCUGGAAAGGAGUGAAGGCCUUAUGGGAAACCAAACUAACUAAGUAUUAUCAGAACACACUAAAAUGACAUUCCCUCAAGAAGUGAGUGAUGUUGAGCAGCAACUCAGAAAACGAUGUGCUCAAAGGAUCAGAGAGAGGAUCUGUACUGGGCUUCAGUCCAUGGAAUUUUUCUCAAGUGAUUCAGCUAUCUCAGAAGAAACGCUCAAUAAAAUGAAGUAUGCUUCUUUUGCCAAUUUAGGGUGCGACUCGGAGAUGGCAAGAUUAUACAACAGGAUCCAGGUGUCAGGAGGAAAAUGUCCUAUAGAAACGCUACAGAAACAUCGACUCAUUGAACAAAAUCAUCUUUUAAGACAGGAUUCAUGGAAGGACCUAUCAAGUGAAAAAAGAAGAAAAAAGUUUCUCAAAAGAAGAAAAGAUAAAAAAGCAAAGGCUUUGCUUGAAGAAUUCAAUUCCACUGUGCUGUGGAAACAAUGAAACAAGCUGUUCAGGUGUUAAGCAUAAGGCAAAACUGAAAAAAAAAAAAACAGUUAAUUGCCGAGAGCUAUUGAAUGUGGAAAGCAUGUGGACCAGUGACUGUAGAAAAUGUGCAUAUCUUGGAUACCUUAACUGAUCAACAGAUCCUUCAAGAAUGUAGAUAUCUCCACUCAACAAUCGCUCCAAACUUGAAAGAGGUUAGUAUGGUCAAGGACAAAGAAGGCCAAAGGCGAAAAGUUCUCUUCAGCUGUGAAGUAUUGAUGAAGGCAAUAAAAAAACGUUCUGGUGCCAAACUGCAACUUUGACCCAAAUAUUGAGGGAAUAGAAGUUUUUGUCUGAUCUUGUUCCCAGAACAAUUCUAAUCUGCCAGAAACAUUCACAUGCAUUGAUUGCAUGUGGUGACAUCAGCUUGAAGCAUAGGGAAGAAGAUGAAAAUCUUAUGACACCAGUGUAUUUUUUCUUCCAUUUUGUUCUACAUUCCAGCAAUCAGAUCAAGAAAUGUAUGGAUUUUAAGGGGGGGGGGGGUGACCUCUAGGGGGCAGUUGGAUCAGUAUAUCUGCUCAAAUCACAAAUCUAGCCAAUCGAUUUAGCAUUAUUAAUAACCCCAGGUAUAAUGGUUUAAAUGUGCAUUUAUCAAUGUUGGAAUACGAAUAUACACGUGGUUUAUGUUUUUUGGCCUUUAGGGGGCGGCAGGACAUUGGUAUUGAGUCUAAAUGAAAAACUGAUGUCACCAAUCAAAUUUUCAGCCCAAAAUACAUAUAUUAAGCUGGUGAUCAGGUUAAUUGGGCAAAAAAACGUGUACAGAGCCCCAGCCUAAUGUUAUGGGUCAUUGGCAAAUUAUGUAUUUUUUUCUUUCCUAGUUUUCCACACGUCUUUUAUACCAGGCGUAUUUACAAAUGUCCCUUGCAACACAUCUGUUAAAUUUUCCUUUUGUAAUUAUAUCAAUAAAGCGAUGUUUAAAAAGAGCAGGAUACACUUAUCCCUAUGGUGUUUUACUGAAUUCAAGUAAAAAUAAAAUGUUUAUGCAACACAGGCUAGCUAAAGAAAUAUUCUUGCAUUCUGAUACGCUAUGUCGGUCUCGCAUGUGCAGUUUUAAUGAUAUCUGGUAACAUGCAAGGUUAAAGAAAUCUGUCAAUUUGUUUUGCUUGCUUUCAGGCAGCUGAAAGCAAGAAUAAUGUAAUACAAAAUAAUAGCUUUCUCCACCUAGUAUGGGACAGAUAAAAUCAUUUUAAGUAAAACGAUAUGUCUGCUAAAACAUGUUCUUUCAAAACUGCAAUGGCAGAUCUACCUAGUGAAUGGAAGUACAUUCUAGAAUAUAUGGGAUUAUUUCAUUAGCUUUAAACACAGUAAACAAGGCAGGCCCCCUUUUCUGGUUAAUAAUGUCCCAAAAGUGGUUUAGCAAUUUUUGAAAGCCUGGCAUGUUUUACAUCAAAGCAAGGGUGGCUAAUUUACAUGCACUUUUAUGUUAAAGAAUUAAUUAGUUUAGGCCCCAAUCUUAUCUACUGCAGUGCCACCAAAGAAACGUCCAAUAUAUUAUCUUGUACUUUAUAUUAAAUGUGUCACUUACUGUAAUUAAUGUAUUUUUUUUUUUUUUUUACAUUUUUAGCUUUGUUUUAUAAUUUAAAUAAACAUUAAUAUGGUAAGGUUCUGUAUAAAUAACCAUGGCAGAAGCUGAAUUAGCCCAGAAUUUCUAGAUGCAGCUAGAAAACUACCCAGAAACGUGUGUUUAUAUAAAGGUGCUACCCUUUUAGUGCAGACUAUAGAAAAGUGAAAAUACUGGUGUUUAGAAGGUGUGCCCUGCCUCUUCACACCCUGAAGAAACGCAAAUGCAGCAUAGCUACCAAGAAUAACUAUCUUAGCGUACAUUACAUCAAUACUUGUCUCAGAUAAAGCCCUGGAAACACAAAGCAACUUUCUAACAACUUUUCAAGCAAAUAGUUUGUAGUGAAUACUGCCCCUUGUGAAGGACUCAAGCAACAUCACGUCAGUUUUGAGAUAAGAAACUUAAAAAGCUGCUUGAAAAUGUCACAUUCAUAGUUGCUUCUACAGUUUCCAGAAAAAAAAUGUUGUUUGAAUGUUACCAUGUGUUUAUGGACUUGUUAUGAAGGCAAUGUUUUAAUUUAUUAUUGCUUUACACAAAAUAUCUUGUUUUUGCAGUUGCAAUAUAUCGAUUUUUAGCAUUUGCAAUAUGUAUACCCCUCCAUCUAACACCCCAGUAGUCUUCAGUUAGGUGUGCACUAACAGCUUUAGAAGGGCUAAUGUGUACCCAAAUUCACAUUCAAAUGGAUAAUGUACUUUAUCAAAAUGAACCGGUCAUUUUGUGAAAUACUGGGAUACUCCAAAUAAUUGUCUGCUUACAUUUAAUGUAUCAAGGAGAGGUGAUUGAGAAGUUUCAAGAGUUGUGAAAGCAUCUGACCAUCUUUAACUGAUGGAAUGCCUAAUUUAAAUAUAAAAAAAUAAGAAUAUCCUAUACUGGGGGUGGGGUCGCAGCUUUAUAUUAACCCCUACCAAUAUAAAAACAUUGUUACAGUACAUAUUAAAAUGUUUUUGCAUAAUGCUUUAUUAUUUUGAUGUACUCAUUUUUAGCUAUUAAUAUAUGAAUAAUAAUAGAAGUUCUAUACAAACAGAUACAUGUUUAUGCCUACAACAAAGAUUAUGUACUUGUUUACAUUUAUGUAUGAAAUGAGUGUUGUAAAACCAUGCUUAGCUUAUCCCUGUCUGUAUAAAAACUCUUAAGUAUUAUCAUUGUAUGACAUUUUAUAUUUCACUGGUAUUGUGUUACAUGGUAGGCAUUUCUCAGGAACUCGACGCAACACUGUUUGUUAUUUAUUAUUGUGAUUAUUGCAUUUGAAGGCUUGUCAGCAUAGUAUAUUAAUACAGUAAACAAGCUACAUAAAA